GAUUAGAUAGGUCUGCUGGGAAAAUGCAAGUCAAGCUGGCUGACCAAAACUAGCUAGCGUAGCAGCUAGUAAGAUAAUAUUUAACCAACCGUACAACAGUACGCAUUUUCCCUCGAGUAAAUAUGUAACAUGUUAUAAACUUGGUUAAAACAUAUCCCACAAGUGCUGAACUAAGAGGAGGACUGUCUGCUCUGGCCACUCGUGGGAGGUGAGGAUGGAGAACUCCGGCUACACCGAGAGCUUUCCCGACAUGCACACGGCCGCCAGCAGUGAUGAGGAUCUAGUGGAAAUUGCUGGAGCCACUCUGGAUUUCUCCAGCACUGAUGAUGUGCCUCCUUUAGACCGGGACUUUGGAACAGGUGGAGCUGGUAAUGGUCUUAAUGGGGUUCCUAAGCUGAUGGAUCUUCUAGAUGAGCCAGUGCCUGGAGUGGGCACUUACGAAGACUUCAACACUAUAGACUGGGUGCGGGAGAAAUCCAAAGACCGGGAUCGUCACAGAGAGAUUGCAAGUCAGAGUAAAGAGUCUACAUGGGCUUUAAUGAAGAGCAUCAAUGAUGCAUUCUCUGGUUGGCUCCUCAUGUUAUUAGUUGGACUGAUGUCAGGUGCCCUGGCUGGUGGGAUCGACAUCUCUGCUCACUGGAUGACCGACCUCAAGGAAGGAGUAUGUCUCAUUGGUUUCUGGUUCAAUCAUGAACACUGCUGCUGGAACUCCAACGAGACCACAUUCCAGGAGAGAGACAAGUGUCCGCAGUGGAAGAGCUGGGCCGAGCUCAUGAUUGGCAUCAACGACGGACCUUUUGCUUACAUCAUUAACUAUUUGAUGUAUGUGUGCUGGGCUCUGCUCUUCUCCUUCCUUGCAGUGUCUCUGGUUAGAGCCUUUGCUCCUUAUGCCUGUGGCUCUGGUAUCCCUGAGAUUAAGACCAUUCUUAGUGGAUUCAUUAUUCGCGGUUACUUGGGCAAGUGGACCCUGAUGAUUAAAACAAUCACUCUGGUGCUGGCCGUGUCCUCUGGUCUGAGUCUGGGCAAAGAGGGGCCGCUGGUCCACGUGGCCUGUUGCUGUGGAAAUAUACUGUGCCAUCUUUUUACCAAGUAUCGAAAGAACGAGGCCAAAAGACGAGAGGUGCUGUCUGCUGCUGCUGCAGUUGGUGUUUCAGUGGCGUUUGGUGCUCCUAUUGGAGGAGUUCUAUUCAGUCUGGAGGAGGUGAGUUACUACUUCCCCUUAAAGACACUGUGGCGUUCUUUCUUCGCCGCCCUCGUGGCAGCCUUCACCCUGCGCUCUAUCAACCCGUUCGGAAACAGCCGACUGGUGCUGUUCUAUGUGGAGUUUCACUCCCCUUGGCACCUUGUUGAACUAGUGCCCUUUGUGUUCCUGGGCAUCUUCGGCGGCAUCUGGGGCGCUUUCUUCAUUCGGGCAAACAUCGCUUGGUGUCGGCGACGCAAAACGACACGCCUGGGCCACUACCCGGUCCUGGAGGUGCUGGUUGUAACAGCACUCACAGCUGUGCUGGCUUUCCCCAACAGCUACACGCGCAUGAGCACCAGUGAGCUCAUUUCAGAGCUGUUCAAUGACUGUGGCCUGCUCGACUCCUCCCAACUGUGCAAUUACGCUAAUGCAACCGACAUCAAGAGCAGCAGCAAUACCCUGCCUGACCGACCCGCUGGCCACGACGUCUUCACGGCCAUGUGGCAACUAGCACUGGCACUUGUCUUCAAGAUGCUCAUCACAGUGGUUACCUUUGGCAUGAAGGUUCCUUCAGGUCUCUUUAUCCCCAGCAUGGCUGUGGGGGCGAUUGCAGGAAGGCUGCUGGGUGUGGGAAUGGAGCAGCUAGCAUAUUACAACCAUGACUGGGUUAUCUUUAAGGGCUGGUGCUCACCUGGGGCAGACUGCAUCACACCAGGUCUUUAUGCAAUGGUGGGAGCUGCUGCCUGCUUGGGUGGUGUAACCCGGAUGACCGUUUCCCUGGUAGUCAUUAUGUUCGAGCUGACUGGAGGUUUGGAGUACAUUGUGCCCCUAAUGGCUGCCACCAUGACCAGUAAGUGGGUGGCAGACGCACUGGGCCGUGAGGGCAUCUAUGAAGCCCACAUCCGUCUGAACGGCUACCCUUUCCUAGAGCCCAAAGAGGAGUUCAGCCACAAAACACUGGCUAUGGAUGUUAUGCGACCUCGUCGUAGUGACCCCCCGCUGUCGGUCAUUACACAGGAUGGCAUGAGCGUAGAAGAGAUUGAGACUCUCAUCGCCGAUACAUCUUACAGCGGCUUUCCAGUGGUGGUCUCACAUGAGUCUCAGAGGCUGGUGGGCUUUGUGCUGCGCCGGGAUCUCAUCAUUUCCAUCGAAAAUGCUCGGCAACGCCAGGAGGGUGUGGUGAGCACGUCACGGAUUUUCUUCACAGAGUACACUCCACCCCAACCCCCUAACUUCCCCCCUCCUCUGAAACUGCGUGGCAUCAUGGACCUCAGCCCUUUCACAGUUACUGAUCACACAGCCAUGGACAUCGUGGUGGACAUCUUCCGUAAACUUGGGCUGCGCCAGUGUCUCGUAACUCAUAAUGGACGCUUACUAGGAAUCAUCACCAAAAAGGACAUUUUAAAGCACAUGGCUCAGAUAGCCAACCGUGACCCAGACUCCAUCCUCUUCAACUGAAAGCUGGCUUUUAUAACAUCACUUCUUCUCUGAUGUUUCCUUUAAAAAAAAAGAAAACACACACACACACCCGUCUGAUUUGCACUACAGACGUCAGUGCUAGUUUGGGACUGCACUCACACUGUGACGGCCGUUUUCAGUGCCAAGGUGGACGCCUCAUGCACUAGAGCUUAAUCGUCAAACACUUGGCCAGAUUACAACUCCCAAGUUGCAAGUAGCCAAUUUGUCAUAACAUAUCAUGACUGUCAGUUCAUCUUGGAGAAAAAGAGCGAGGAGUUACUUGAGUGGAUAUGCAUGCACAAUCCCGAUCGCAUAAAUUUCUUAAUGUAGCUAAACUAUGUUGAAAAUCCUACAAAAUGAGGAUCGUUUAGUUUGUGAGCGAGAUCUGCGAUUGCGUUCAUCCUUUUCUGGAAUACAGUUCACGGACGCGUGUCUGGAGAUACAUUACAAGCAAUUAAUAACUAAUCUCCGCUUACUGUUUUGCAAUAUCUCUGUCGUUAGUUUUGCCAUCAUGAAUGAGCUAAAAACCCAGCAUCAGGUAACUACAAGUGGACAUCUGUGUGUGUUUGGGUCUGCGUAAAUGUUCCAUGUUCUUACUUUUUCCAUUACCUAUAACGUCUUUACAUGACUGUGACUUCGACCUCUCGAGCAGGUAGCUAAUUGUUUAUGGAGGUUGAAGAGAAGCAGGUUUACAGCGUUGUGAAAUACGUGAAUAAGAUGAUGAUGAUGCUGAUGACUUUAAGGGCACUUUCCCUCCCCCUGAGCAGGAGAGUCCCAUGGGGGUUUGCACAUUUACACGAUCAAAAUCUUUUCUGGUUUGUAUCUGCAGGGCUGCUGGGCAUUCCACUUCGAUUUAAUUGGCUGUGUGUUGGCAUUGCAUGGAUUUACAACCGGGUAUGACUGACCGUUCUGCCCUGUUGCUUGACCACUGUUGUCCUUCGAUUGAUCUAUAUUUUUAUUUCUUUCCUGGACAUCUCUUUAACAGUUGCUCUAAUUGUUUAUUGCGUUAUUUACGUCAUGUUAAUCAGCACAGCCUAGUGGCCAUGCGCCGAUCAUAUACUCUGACAUUUUGUUAUACUUUUCUUCUUCAUGUGUGUUUGGACAGCAUAUGAUAAUUUGUAGCAGUGACCUCUCCACUUGGGUUGAAAAAUAAUAAGAAAAAGAAAAAAAAGAUAUUGUAUUACACUAUAUGCCUCAGGAUAUGAUGUAUGCAUGGUUGAAAACCAUAUUUUAACCACAUCCUUAAUCUCAGUGUUUAAGAUGAAGCUAUUUUAAAAUAUACCCAUCGUAUCCAAAGCAUUAGUUACAUGAAGCGAAGGUUGUAGGUGUUUUUCUGACAUGGCUGCCUGUUAAGUUUUCUCCACCUGGCUUCAUUCUCAGUCAGGUGCGUAAGCCAAUGCUCUCAUUGUUUACGUCCUCCAAAGACACGUUUAUACAUACUGCUUUAAAACUGUUCAUAAAUCCAUCAAGGGCUAGAGUUAAGACCAGUAUUUAUAUACACAACACACUCCAGAGCUCUGUAAGGAAACUGUGUUGGAUCUGCCCCUUUAAUCGCAGCUGUCCUCGAGUACUGCAGUCCGGCGUCAUCCCAUCCCUUUUUUUUUUUCCACUUACCGUGGACUGCACUACAGAUCUGGAUACGUCAACAGGCCACUUUCUUUUGCCAAGUACUCCAUUUGAAAAGAGCAUUUUGGUACUUAUCAGGUCUUAUCAAAACAAUGUCUUGUCAUUAAUCCGUUGUUUGUACUUGUUUAAUUAUCUGAUUCGUGUUUGUUUAUCAUGAAGGUUUAUGUAUUCUUCUAAAAUAUGAAUGUAUCAUUAUCACAGUAAUUUAUUCAUUAACACGUAUAAGGCAAGUUGU